AGUCCGGUCGGUUUUCUAAAAGAUAAACAGUGCUGCAUCAUUCACACAUCGAGCGUCUGAUCUAUCGCAAGCAAUUUUGACAGAAAUGAGUUCAAAUUGCUGCAGCCUCCACGCAUAAUUGCAUUUUUCAUUCUUUUCACCUGCUACGGUCGUGACUUGAUAUCUUACCUAUCAAAAGAUGAACUCAAUCAGCCCAUUUAGGGUUAAAAAAAAAAGAUGAAGCGAUCGGAUUGCUGCAGAACCAGAAAACCAUCGUCAACGUUGUCGUUGCACUCGGUAUAAAUUUUGUUCCAGACUGCUACGUAGCUGCAAAAUGCUGUAGUAAAAAUUGCAUCGUGAAAUACAUUUUAGUGCUUGAUAAAUUUUGCAAAUCUGAAAAGAUAGAUAUGAACCGCACAGCAGGUACGUACGGCUUCGACUUGUUUUGGCGACACGCGUAAAUAGCGCGCCGCUGUGACAUCGAUUUUUGGUUCGCCCACCCCAGGAAAAUAUCAAAUGCAACUAUGUCUGGGUCUGGAAAAAUGCAAGCACGCAUCUCCCACGAGAAGCCCGGCUUUUGCCAGACAAGAAUAUAUGCAACUUUUUGGCGUUCAUGCAACACAGGUUUUUUUGUGAUCGAGACUUGGCAUGACAAGUUGCCUAAUUCUUCCUGAUCCAAACAUAUUUGCACUGCAUACAAACGCUUGUUCCACACCAAUUUGAGUGCCUCGACAACCGUCCCCUCCAACAUAGACAACAUGGCGGAGACUCCGGGUCCGGCAGAGGACGAGGUACGAAUUUGUUGCUCCUUCAUACGAACAAGACGUGAUGGAAAUAUGCAUGACAAAAGCUCCCUUUCGUUUUGUUAAGUACCAUCAAAAUCAAUGCAGUUCGCUUGUGGAAGAAAUUAAUAAAUCAAAAUGGUCCAAGAUUUUCAGGUUGCAGAACGGCAAAGGCAACCCGUGGGUUUGCGCUUGCCGAUGCCUGACUUGACGGUAUGGCUUGCUGAACCCCGUUUUAAUCACAAGGCGUUUUACACGCUCGCGGAGGAUCUGCUGCGCUUUGAAAACGGACGAGACAUCCGGAAAUACCUCGAAAUAUAUUGCCGCGAAUUUGACGAGCUUGUAGAGGCUACACAGCCGGUAAGUACUACAACAUCAGUUUUAGUUUAUUUUUGUCAUUCGGUCGAAGCAUAGCCAGCACUGGUUUUUGCCUGUGUGCAUUGAGGUGAUCCACAUUCCCAAAAUACACCAUGUAAUCAUAACAACACCAGGAGGCGAUCGCAGGAUCUGGGAAGACCAAAGCAGAAAUCAAGGACUUCUGGCCCUUUGGGUACAUGUCGCUGCCGAAUAAGAGACUACCCAGGACACCACACGAAGACGGGCUGUCCUUGUACUACGACUGGGAGGGGAGGAGCGACGGUCUGGGGUUCUUCUUGCUGCAGGUCCUACUCGGGUGCGCUUCCGAAUAUGAUGCGGAAAAGUAAGUACACCCAUGCAACAUUCGUCAAUUGCUUCUGAGAUCCGUCUUUUCCCGUGCCACUACAGGCUCCGUGUUCAUCGAAGUCCUACUGUGUCUACUACAACAAAGAUCUUUAGCUCUUCCUUUACAACACCGCAACGACGUACGCUUGAGCUCUCUCGUGCUUUGCAAGAGAUGAUCUCUUCUGUUUGUAGCUCGAAUGCUCCUCACUUACAGAAGCAAUUGCGAACAAGUACGGUAGGGUAGCUGAACUUUUCCACGUGAUACCUCGGAGGCAUACCUGGCCGUCUGUGAGUUUCUGGUGCAGGAGCGCGGUGGCAGUGCGGCGGACUUUAUCGGUCUGUUUUUUUCGGUUCCAGCCGUCGACCAUCUCGGUUGGACGCGCGGCCCGAAUGUCGCUCUCAGGAAGCACCUCGAAGACGGGCACGGCCAUAACGGUAAUAAACUGGCUCGCCACACACUUACUCUCCCCGCGAUCCUGUGUUGCCGCGGGUGGCUGAAGGUGCUGCAGAGCAACAUUGUCGAACACGUGCUCGACGCGAUGGACUCUCUGCCCCUCUUCGAGAUCGCGAUGCGGCACGAACAGGAGGAGGUGCUGAAGUUUCUGCAGGACCGUUUUCCGGACGAGUUUCUCAAGUUCUGCGACGAGUAUCUCGAGGAAACAAGCAUCAAGUUGCAUACGCAAUGCAAAUAUGUGUGGGUCUGAAAGGGUGCGCGACUUGUCAUGCUCGUCCCGCAUGCCUCUAAAAGCCUGUCAUGCACGUGGUCACCCAGAAGGCCCAUUUUUCUGUCAUGCAGAAACGCCGUUUGUCAUGCUGAGUAGACAACACCUAGUACCUCAGAAAAUUCGUGUCAUGCUGGGCCGUCAAUUGCGGCGUCGUCAAGAUUCGCCAACCAGCACGACAAGUUUUUAGACCCAGACAUAUUUGCAUUCGAUAUUCCAUCUCGACGAGCGAGACCUCCCCGACUGGUUCCACCAGGAAAUACUGCAGGCGACCGACCGGGAGCUCGCCCUCUUGCAGAAGGUGAAGCUGACCCAGGCCGCGCACGAGGAACAGGUUCCGCAAGGGGACCGCGCUGCGUCUAAAACCAGCACGACUGCAGACGAGGGCACCGGGAUAGUGCGGGACGGACGGAAUAAGGAACCGUCAGGAUCCUCCUCCGGGCGUCUAGGUGAAGUCCCUUUGGACCGCGGACAACUCACCCCGAAAGUGAUGCAUCCACACCAGCGCGAACUCGGAUUUUUUUUGCGGCGGAAGUUGCGGCUGCAGUCCAAAAUUCUCGACUACUACUAUCCGAGCGUAGACUUGCGAAUCGACCUGACAGAAGUCGUCACGGGAGGUGAUGAGGUAACGGAAGUAUAGUUGUGUUUUCCUGUCAAGUUGAAUCUAUUUAUAGCAUUUGCAUUCCAUCAUGAAGAACGCAGCACAUGCAUGACUCAAGCCCACAGCCACAUUUUUCUUUCCUACAAUUAUGAAAAUUGAAAAAACUCAAACACAGUCUUGGCCGGUAGGUUUUUACAGGCUGUACGGCCUCCCCGGGGCACUACCGUUUUUGUGGGAAAAGGCGGAACGCCUAUCCUGUGCAGAUGGUUCUGGGUGUCUGCAAAGCUGCAGGGAGUUAUCAUGCAUUUUUCUCCACCGCAUUCUUGCAGAUGUUAGUCAUGAAUUUCGCACCAGGAGGUGAUUGUCAUGCAAAGCCCCUGCGACAUCCUCGUACUCUGCAUCUUCAGUUAGGAGUCUCACCACGACCCCAUGGUGGGACAUCUCCGAUCGCUUCACUUAGGACUAUCACUGCGACCCAAGCUGACAACUCCCCCAUUUUGGUGUCAGGAAAUGGGCACCUUUUGCGGCCUAUGCAUGAGAGAUUUAUCUGUGUUGUGAAAUGCGCAUCACAAGUUCGCAUCCUUGCAGACCCAGACAUAUUUGCAAUGCAUAGCUCUUCCGCUGCUACAACGCCACCGCCGGUCGCUUUGAAACGAUCACGUUUAUGCAUUGCAAACAUGUCUGGGUCUGGAAGGUUGCAACUUGUGAUGCUGUCUUUGGAUUCUAAAAAAAUCUGUAUUGCAUGACCAGCAAGAGCAGGAGUCCAGUUUGUGCUAAAACGAUGAGGACGUUUCUUAUGCGGAAUAGGCAUCAGGAAGCCCUCUAACACUCUGUGGUACUGCCGGGUAAUGCAUUACAGGCCCAUGGGCCAUACAAAAUAUGCAUGCCAAGUCUGGCAAAUUUCCAGACCCACACAUUUUUGCAUUUGAUAACGUUUCCGACGUCGCAACUUGGUGGAGCGGCUGGGCACUGGAAUAGUACGCCCACGGAAAAAAGGUUGCAGGUCAACAUAUUUGUAAUGCAAAAACACAUACACACCAAUACUUCGAAAAAUCUGUCAUGCGCGAGCCAUUACUAUUCUGUUUCAGGUAUGCACGAACACAGACCUUGUAAAUCUUCUUUAACUUGUUUGUUUUUGCAAUGCGUCAAAUAGAGCCUGCCAGCUUUUUUCUCUGGGAUAAGAAGCGUGACCUGCACGGAGCGCCCGCAGCACUUUCCGUUCGGAGCGGCGGCGGAAAUAUCCUGUGUAAGGACCUAUACCAAAGCCCCAUAGUCAAGAUACAAUUGCUACGUGCACAAAUUCGAAAGGUUUGCAAAAAGUUGGGCAUUGUAGUGUAAUUGUGCCUACCAUCCAGCAGCUAUGGACGCCGCAAUUAUUAACUGAAUCCAUUUCUUCCAUAUGCCGACUGGAGCAUGAUAAUCUACUUUCAAACACGACUGGAAACUGCCCUCCAUGGGAAGCCGCAUAAAGCAUGAAUUGCUGAGUGUUAUGCAACCCUGCAUGACAGCUCUGGGGUUGGCGCGUAGUUUUUGCACAGGAUAGCACAGCAGCUCGAGCUAGACGGGUGGUUUUGCGAAGGGGAAGGACGAAUAACGAUGGAAGGAACUACUAGUACUGUAGUUGAAGGCCAACUAUCUGAUUCUUCCGUCGCACUGCUGCUUACACGACACUAUUUUUAGUUUAAUGUUUUUAGAACCAGGCAAGGAGGUAAAAAAGUCUGAAAAGUUAAAGUCGAAGAUGAAUAUGUUACGCAUAGCAGGUAAAAUUGAAGUCGUGACUUUUCAAUCUGUGAUCCUCGGGCCACGAGACUUACGUUUCCAUAAUCUGUACAAUCAAUGUAUUUUUGUGUCAACAAGGAAGUUCAUCAUAGAAACAAAGAUAACGAAGUACAUAAAAGGAAGCAGAUACCGGUUACACACAUGUUAAUAGUUGCUGUCAUCGUGUAGUUACACAGAAAAAAAAAUGCCCAACUCGAACUCGGUGAUGAGUUUUGAUUUGAGGCGGUCCACCCACUCGCACUAGAUAUUCCAGUAACCAAUGCCUCUGCAGACAGCGUUGUUAGUUUCUCCAAUGAAGCUGCUGCCACUACAAUUUGCGACUCACCAAUCAAAAAUAUAUUUGAAACUCGCAAAGCCACACUGGGGAUUGAAAGAGCGCACCUGCAUCUUCUUGAGA